AUGUCCCCGCGGCUCGUCCGCCUCACCACCCUUGGCGGACACCUUUCUCGCCCGACAGUACUAUCCACCCGGGCGUUUGUCUCACGAUACAGCACCAGUGCCGAUGAAGAGGACGUCAUCAAGACCCAGCAGAUCCCAGCUCCGGGCUCCGGGCACGUACGCGUGCUCCAGCUGAACCGACCUAAAGCCCGCAAUGCCAUUUCACGUCACUUGCUCGAGUCACUCUCCAAGCAAGUGAAUUCCAUCGCCGCCGAAGGUGGCAACGGGCCCACCAGGGCUCUGGUCCUGGCCAGCAAUGUCGAUGCGGCCUUCUGCGCCGGCGCCGAUUUGAAAGAGCGCGCCAAUAUGACCCAUGCCGAGGUCGAGCAAUUCCUCGAAAAGCUCCGUGGCACCUUCAAAGACCUCGCAGCCCUCCAAGUCCCCACCAUCUCCGCUAUCUCGUCCAUGGCCCUCGGCGGCGGCCUCGAGCUCGCCCUCUGUACACACCUCCGUGUCUUCGGCUCCUCCAGCACGGUCGGCCUCCCUGAGACCCGGCUCGCCAUCAUCCCCGGCGCUGGUGGCACUUACCGCCUGCCCGCGUUGAUCGGGCCCACCCGGGCGCGCGACCUGAUUUUGACGGGGCGACGGGUGUCCGGACCGGAGGCGUAUUUCUUAGGGCUCUGCGAUCGCCUAGUCGAGGUGUUGCCGGAGGAGGCUCAUCAGGAGGGGGUGGCGCGCGAGAAGGUGCUCCGGGCGAGUAUCAAGCUGGCGCUGGACAUCUGCGAGGGUGGGCCAAUUGCCUUGAAGCAGGCGCUGCUGGCGGUGCAGGGCUCGGCGCUGGGCGAAGUAUCGGAGAACCAGGCGUAUGAGGGUGUGAUCGAAACGGAGGACCGGUACGAGGCGCUGCGGGCGUUUGUAGAGAAGCGCAAGCCUGCGUUUCGGGGCCGGUAG